ACGGGUCCGAUAGAGGCGUAAUACCGCGCGUACCCCCCAUGCUACAGCGAACGAGAAACACCCUCGGCUGGUUCACCUUUGCGAUUGGAAUUGAUUAACUUUCGUACUGUGGACUGGUAGCUCAGCGGGGAUACGCCCACCGAAGGGAGGUGACACCUCCCGUAAGGUGGAGGGAAAGUCGAGUAAAGAUAGCCGCAAAAAUGUCAGGGGCUAUAGCAGAUGGCGAGGGGAAGGUCCUGAUGCUCGAGGACCUCAUUGAGGCUAUGGAUAAGCGGGAAAGGAUGCCAAGUAAUGUCCCCAAGGUCGAUACCUUCCAUUUUAAUGGGGAACGAGUUUCUGAUUGGCUCGACUUCGUGGAGCAAGCUUUGGUGGGGUUAUCGGAUGCGGUGAAGUUCCAGCGCAUUCUGAAGUGUGUGCUUCAUGGCCACCACCAGGAGGUGGAGAAAGUUAUAAAUGCGGCCAAUGGUAGCUCGGUCAGGUUCAAAGAUGGGAUGCAAAGAAAGUAUAGGCUAGGCGAUGGGUUGCUAACCACGGUGGAUUUGAAGGUCAUGAACAAAGACGACUUCACCACGGUGGGAACGUUUGUGCAGGAAUUUAAGAAAAAGGCGAGGAAGGUUAAUGUCAUUUCAGAGGAGGCACAAUGCGCUAUCUUUUUAGGGUGGUUAGCGUACAUCUGGAUGUUUAACUUUGAGUUAGAACGGAUUCCUGGGAACAAGAAUCAGGAGGACGGGCUGAGUCGUAUCAACUGGGAUAAGCAAGAGGGAGAGGCAGUAGAGGACACACCCCCAGUUGAUAGCUUCCUAGAUCAGGAAGAGGACAUCCGCCUUCACAUUAAUGAGUGGUCCCCACAAGUGCCUAGCUGCGUUGGACAUCCCAUCUGGCAUGCGCCAAACGGGUAUGAACAGAAGGCAGAGCUGGUACUUAAGCCUUUUGAAGAGGAAGAUCCAUGGGGCAGCAAAGAUGUCCAAUGGAUGAUGAAGUUGGUGCUGGCGGGCACACAUAGUCUGGUGGAGGAGGUGAGACCUAUGGAGGAAGGACCAGAUCGGGUAGAGAGGUACGAGGAAUUGAUAGGAGGGAUGCAUCUCCUCGUCAAUACACUUCUGCUGGGAAACUUUGAUCAGAUAUGCUCGUUGAAUCCAGCUGAGAAUAAAGAACCAGUGCCAGAAAACCAGGAUGACGAGUUUGAGGAGGGGGAGAUCAAAGAAGCAUUCCGCGCAGAGGAGUAUGAUGGAAUCUACCUAGAGCUGGGACUUCUUUUAUCGUCUGACUUUGCGAAGACAGCCAUGCCAAGGGGAGGGAGGGAGACGCGGCCGCCACGGAGACCAUUGGGAGCAUCAGGAGGUUAUGAGCGACAUGGGUCUCACCAUCGGGAGGACAAACCCGUAUACGAUGAGCGGGACAUAAAGUUGUUUUUGGACGAUUUUUUUGGGUAUGCGGAGCACAUGGGUUGGACCAUGACUCAGACGAUUGAGAGACUGACAGGAGCUGGCAAAUUUGAGGAGCCCAUCGCACGGAUCCGCAGGGAGGCGGGGACAUGGCCAGAGGUGGAAACGAGGAUGCAGGAGUUACGACCAUCGCCUGUAAGGCCUGAUGUUCACUCUAUGCAGGAAGAGGCGAGUCUAUUUUCACCUGAGCAGAGGAUGGAGGAGCCUCCUGAGAGAGAGAUGGGGAUUACGGUAGAGGACGUCAUCGAGGGCAGGCCUCAGAGGUUGGAUACACCUGAGUACAGACUCGAGGGGAUUGGAAUAGGACCAGAGCCUCGUACUCAGGAGUUGGAGACAGAACCAGAGGAGCCUAUGGAUAUGCCCCAGUGUCAUGAGGUCGCCAGGGAGGCAAGCGAGAUGCCAUUAUUGCCAGAAUCUGAAAAGAAAAAGAAGAGAGGUCGGAGGUCAGGUGACUCAUCUUGCUUCUUCUGCAAGAGCGAGGAGCAAAGGGCUUUGCAGUGUCCUAAGUUCUUAAAGAACUUGGACGAAGGGAAGGUCACAGAAAGUGGUGGAAUGAUGUAUGAUAGACACAGUAGAGUAGUAGAGCGGUCUGCAGAUGGGGGUGGAGCUCAACUGUACAGGCAGAACCAGGAGGAGAUGAGUGAGUAGGGACUGGUCGCCUAGGUAUGAGCAGCUGCUAGGGUAUGUUCUGGUGAGGAUAAGAUGAACUAGUUUUACACG